UGUUUUUUGGGGUUUUUUUUGGUUAAGUAAGACAUUCAGCAGAAACGAUUUUGCCUUCCCCAGAAGAUACAUGCAAACAGUAAGUUUGGUGCUUCAGAGCUGAGACCAGCCCCUGCUCUGCCCUAGGGCCAGGUAUCAUUGCUCUGUGAGGCUCUGGGUCCCAGCAGUGAGCUGCAACCCACACCAGUACUGGGGACCUGCAGAGCCCUCCACUCACACGUCACACACAGGCUACAGCAGCCCUUCUGGAGAGUUAAUCAGAGCAGCUAUGGCAGGCAACUCAGAGCCAGAUGGGCUCCAUGAGGACACAGUGUUAGAUUAGUCACCUCACCAAUUUCUGCCUCAGUAUCCCCAAGUGUGAAUUAGUUUUUGGCACCUACAAGUUAAGAGGGAGGCAGCUUUACAAGAACUGUAUGUUAGACAGACAGAUCGAUAUUUCAUUUUAAAGAACAGUUUCUAUUCUACCAUACUUUUGCUGAUUUGAAAGAAAACAGACUGUUGCAGUAUUUUUUGACUAAAAACCUGUAGAAGAAAUUGUUACAGUCUUUUACAACCAGAAUCUGGAAGGGUGUCCCAUUGUAAUAUUUUCAAAGAGAAGUUGUGCGUGCAGUAUGUAUGUGCAUAUGGUGUUUAUGAAUUGUUUUUUAACUUUAGAUAUUUUAUUCAUUUUUCCACAUGGUACAAGUAGAACACACAUCUUUGUUGGACAGACACCAACACAGUAACAUAACUUUAGAUUUCAAGCACUCAAGACUCAGUGGGACAAUAGGCUACUCUAUCUUCAUGCCAGGACAUCACGUCCUAAAAUUAGGAUGCAUGCCAUCAGGCAGUUCAUAUCUCACUGAAGAUACUCAGCCAUCAAUACAUCCAGUUAUACUAAAUGAAGGAAACUGUAACCACUUCCAGUUAUUUCAUACAGAGAUAAGGACCAUGAGAACUUUGUGUCUUGGCAUACAAUAUCCUAUUUUGAUUUCACUGUACUGUGGGAUCUGCUGUUAUCCACAGUUGGUGGACUUAUUUUUUUUUUUUUUUCUUACUUGGACCAUGCAUACAGCCAGCAUAGUAACUUCAGUCAUAACAAGUUUCAGAAUCCCUAAAGCAAAGGGAAGGGGGUGAGGAAUGGCACAAAAAGACUUGGCUAGAGCUUCUCAGGACAGCAGCAGAAAGAGCACAGAUGCUACUGAUACCUGUAAACACUACCCUUAGAGCCAGCAAUGUGGAGUACAAAAUUCACUUUUGCUUGCAAUGUGUGCAUAUGUGUAAGCUGCUCCUGCAGACUCAUGUAGAACACUGAAAGCUUAUUAACCAGGAUAACUACCUAUCCAGACUCACUAGUGCUCACAGUCAGAUGAAAUUCAAGUGUGAACAGCUUACCUCCAGAGGUAAAGUCUGCCCUGCUACUGCAGACUGCCAUGUCUGAUAACUAUAUAAACGUUGUUUGUUUAAUUUCAGAGCUCUUGUUUCCCUUAAGCUGUACCAUGGUCUCAGGAAUCACACGAUGGUGACAUUUAAGGAGUAGAGGCAAUGAUUUAAUUGCUUUUCCAGGGAAAAGGCUAGGUUUCAAAAGCAAAAUAAAGAUUCCUUUAUAAAGAAUGGAAAUACUAAUAUUAUAACUGAAAACUUUUUAUAAUUUAACAUUGUAAACCAUCAUUCUGUUAAAUGAAAUGUAAGAAGGGGCAAACCAGCUCAGAGAAAAUACAUAAAUACUAAUUCAUUUCCCACUGGUAAUUUAACACCUAGCUGGUACCCCAAGGUCUUGAAAACACCAAGUACAAAAAUAGUUCUUUCCUACUAUCUGCAAAAAAGAUGAAGAUAAGGGAAAUGAAACAUUUACAUGAACUUGAGAUGCAUUGGUUUUCAGACAGACAAACUAAAAUGCCUGCACUGGGUAUCUAAGGCACACAAAGCUUUUCCACAGUCCUACAGAAAGAUUUUUCCAGUGCCUGGCUUAAAUUUAAGGUUGACAAGCUCUAAUGAAUGGUUAACCUUACUUUCCUGAUAAAAAGCAAAUGCUCCAUGACUUCCCUCUUUUCUUGAAACAAGUCCAUAUGGACGAAAUACACGAACUUCUGUCAACGCGACGGCUGCCUGUGCAUUAUUUAAAUACUAAAAUAAAAAAGGGGAUAUUUUAUUUUCGCACUCGGGUGCAGCAGGUGCCAUGACGGCGAAGGGGAGCGCUGCUCUCCCUGGCAAAGACCCGGGGCCGUGCCGAGCCCUCAGCCCUCAGCCCUCAGCCCUCAGCCCUCAGCCCUCAGCCCUCAGCCCUCAGCUCUCGGCCCUCGGCCCUCAGCUCUCAGCUCUCAGCCCUCAGCCCUCAGCCCUCAGCCCUCAGCCCUCAGCCCUCAGCUCUCAGCCCUCAGCCCUCAGCUCUCAGCUCUCAGCUCUCAGCCCUCAGCCCUCAGCCCUCAGCCCUCAGCCCUCAGCUCUCAGCUCUCAGCAUUCAGCCCUCAGCCCUCAGCUCUCAGCCCUCAGCCCUCGGCUCUCGGCCCUCGGCCCUCGGCCCUCAGCUCUCAGCCCUCAGCCCUCAGCCCUCAGCCCUCAGCUCUCAGCUCUCAGCUCUCAGCCCUCAGCCCUCAGCUCUCAGCCCUCAGCCCUCAGCCCUCAGCCCUCAGCCCUCAGCCCUCAGCUCUCAGCUCUCAGCUCUCAGCCCUCAGCCCUCAGCUCUCAGCCCUCAGCCCUCAGCCCUCAGCCCUCAGCCCUCAGCCCUCAGCCCUCAGCCCUCAGCCCUCAGCUCUCGGCCCUCGGCCCUCAGCUCUCAGCCCUCAGCCCUCAGCCCUCAGCCCUUAGUCACGGACGCUCCUGCUGCCCCGGCAGCGGCGCCAUUCCAGCGAGGCGGGGAAUAAAGGGAGGUGUGCUGUGGCCUUGCGGCUCGCAGGUGGCACAGAGCAUUUAUCUCCCGGCGGAUGGGUGCACUGAGGGGUGGGAAAGGUCAGCUCUGCCCGCUCCGGAGCAGCACACCGCCCCACCGGCGGGCCCGGCGCUCCCCUCCGCUCCCCUAUGCGGCCGAGCCCCGGCUGUGCCGGGCGCCUCCAUCUCGGCCGGGGCUCCCCGUCCUUCCCCUGCCGGCCCUGAACGCCCUGACACACAGCGGGCAGGUGACCAGCAGUAGUCAAAGAGGGGCUGCCUCCCUGGGUAUCACAGAGACAAGCUUGUUGAAACACCUGCUGAAUAAAUGCUACUCAAAAGCAAGGCAAGGGUGAGAAGAAUGCUGCCUAGUUAAUACCCUGUGUAAGAUAUGUUGGUUCCAUUAAAGAUCUUGGUCUUUUGCCAAGGACAUGUUUCAAAGAACAGGAUAAUAACUCAAAAUACAAAUAUUUUGACUGCUACCCUCUGUUUCUUAUAUGCCUACUUUGUUAGAAAUAGAAAAUGUUAGUCAAGAAAUGAUUCAUUCUUCAGAUAAUAUGGAAGAUGAUGAAGGAUGAAUGGAACAGCCCACGCAUUGCCCUGGCCUUCUUUAGCAUUACAGCAGAAAAAUAUUAACAGAAGUGAUAUGUUCAGUGGGGCAGGAGAGCACAAAAGGAGACAAUCUGGGCCUGGAGCUAGAGGUACUCAUCCUACUUUUUUUUUUUUUUUUUUUUCUGCCUUUCCCAUGCAGCCAUGAGCAAAUCAGUGCAGCUUUAUAAGCCUUGUCUUCCCUAUCCAACAGCUGAAAAUAAUUCUAAGUACCUUGAUGUUGGCUGAGACACUCAGUUCUUUUGCAUGCAAGAUUUUGUAUAUGAAGUUUGACAAAGUACAUUUUUUUCCUGAUUCCCAGUUCCCCAUACACACACAAAGAGAACAGAACGAAAGUGAGUUUAAAAAAGAGAGAGAAAAAAAUAAAAUCCAACCUUUCCCGCUCCCUCAAAUGGACCAGCAGCCUAUAAACCAACUAGUUCUUCCUAUUCCCAGAGGUGGCUUCCACAGAAACAUUUUCUUUUACUAUGCAUUCACUGUAGAGUUUCUUUUCUGCUUGGCUGGGCAAUCAGGUAUUCAGAGCAUAAUGUAAAUGCUCAGAACACAGAGGCAU